GAAGAAGCUGGCUGUUAGAAGUUGCCCCGUAGGAGGGACCACCAAGCCCCUCUCCCUCAUCAAGCCCCCUCCUCCUCCUCCUCCUCUCUCCAUCUCCGUUCUACCGGCCAACCCGGUCGCCAAGACAGCUCCCGUUGCCAUGGUGACCGCACACAUGACCGGCGGACAAAAGGUGUUGUCGGGAACGGCAGCUCCAGGGAGCUCCUCCUCCUCUCCUCUACAGACAUCCUCCAUCAACCUCCUGACCAAUAGAGGGUCGGGAGGGGCGGUGCUACAGCCUUACAGAAGGAGAGAGAUGCUUGGAAACCUAACAGUAGUGCCCAUCAAGGUUCCUCAGGUCAGCUCUCUACACCGGCUGUCUGGACAGACCUCCACUGUUCUACCUCAGGUUCAGCCAAAGAGUGUGAUCCCAGCCAGCCUCCUCCUCAGCCACAGCCCUGUGUCUCUCCUCAAUGAGCAGCCAGCCAGCCUCCUCCUCAGCCACAGCCUCCAGAGAGCUACCGCUGUAGUCAGCCCUAAGAGCCACGCCCACAGCUUUAACCAAACCCACAGCUCUAGCCACACCCUCACCCAGAGCCACACCCUCACCCAGAGCCACACCCUCACCCAGAGCCACACCCUCGGCCCGGCCCUGCCUACAGCCAACAGCACGUUCAGCCCAGAACGCCUCUCCAUAGGUCAGGAAGACACAGCCACCUGCAUAACCUCCUCACCCCCUCCCCUGGCCCAGACCCUGGCCCCUCCCCUGGCCUCUCCCCUGGCCCAGACCCUGGCCUCUCCCCUGGCCCAGACCCUGGCCUCUCCCCUGGCCCAGACCCUGGCCUCUCCCCUGGCCUCUCCCCUGGCCCAGACCCUGGCCUCUCCCCUGGCCCAGACCCUGGCCUCUCCCCUGGCCCAGACCCUGGCCUCUCCCCUGGCCUCUCCCCUGGCCCAGACCCUGGCCUCUCCCCUGGCCCAGACCCUGGCCUCUCCCUUGGCCUCUCCCCUGGCCCAGACCCUGGCCUCUCCCCUGGCCCAGACCCAGUCUCUCUCCCUGGCCCAGACCCUGGCCUCUCCCCUGGCCCAGACCCUGGCCUCUCCCCUGGCCCAGACCCUGGCCUCUCCCCUGGCCCAGACCCAGUCUCUCUCCCUGGCCCAGACCCAGUCUCUCUCCCUGGCCCAGACCCAGUCUCUCUCCCUGGCCCAGACCCAGUCUCUCUCCCUGGCCCAGACCCUGGCCUCUCCCCUGGCCCAGACCCAGUCUCUCUCCCCGGCCCAGACCCAGUCUCUCUCCCCGGCCCAGACCCAGUCUCUCUCCCCGGCCCAGACCCAGUCUCUCUCCCUGGCCCUAGCCUGGCCUGGAGGCCUCUCCACCAUCUCUCCCACCUCUACCAGCAGCAACAGCAGCAGCCCAACAGCCACGUCAGCCUCAGUAGCCCCCGGUGUGACCUUCUCCAUCAUCUCUGCCUCGCCGCCCGCCGAUACCGGGAAUAACAGGGUGUGGACCAUCAGUGAGGCAGUCAAGGUCCGGCCACUGAUCUUCAGCACUGACAAUAAGUUGAAAAUAAUCCAGUCGGAGGCUGAGACCCCCAGCUCCUCCCAGGACUCCCCAGGAGGACCCCAGGGGGCCGACAGCCCCUCACAGGAUGACCCCUCCACCUCUCCCUCCUCUACACCAGCCAAGCAGAAGCAGAAGGAUGAGGACCCAGAGAAAAUGUCCUUCAUGGUGGCUCUUGGCCUGGUCACUACAGAGACCCUGGAAGAGAUCCAGAUCAAGAGACAGGAGAGGAAGAGACGAAGCACAGCCAACCCAGCCUACAGCGGCCUGGUCCAACCAGAGCGUAAACGCCUUGCAUCAAAUUACCUGGACAACCCACUCUUCCUAUCUGUGAGAGCCACUGGGGACUACAGAUGGAAGGAAGAGCUGGAGCAUGACGACCACUGCUCUGUGUGUAAGGAGGAAGGAGAGCUGCAGCUGUGCCAUAACUGCCCCAGAGCCUACCACCCUGACUGCCUGCACCCACCUCUCAGAACACCGCCCCGGGGGGUGUGGGUCUGCACCAAGUGUCAGAAGAAGGUUCUAAACAAAGGGAAUAUGUCGUGGCCACAGAACUUCGUCCAGUCCUAUGUUACACACAAGACGGUGAGAGAGGGGGAGAAGAGGAGUUUGCUCAGGAGGAAUGUAGAGCUGAAGAAGGAGUGUGCUCACCUGGAGGAGCAGGACCAACAACUCAGCAAGUCCCUCACGAAGGUGAUGGACGCGCGGGAGCGUCUGAUUGGUCGACAGAGGGACACCCAGUCCUCCCUGGAGCGUCUCAAGGCUGUGAUUCGUCUGAUCCAAAGAGACCAGAUGAUCCAGGUUACCAUGACAGCCACCGCCACCACCACCGGAGUGUCCCUGCUCUCCCUGCCCUGGAUCAAACCCUCCGGCACCGCCGCUGCCACACACACAGUGCCCCCUGCUGGACCGUCUAUGCUACUGCAGCAGAAGACUCUGGUCAUGCCGCAGUCUCAGACACAGAGCCAGGCCCAGAGCAACGUCUGAGCUCUAGUAGUACCACCCCAGCCCACCUGGGGGCGCAGUUCAAGGAUGCGCCCCAAAUGGCACUCUAUUCCCUAUAUAGCGUAGAACUUUUAAUAAAGGACCCAUAGGAGGAAGUUUCAAAGGCAUGUCAAUUUGAUAUCAGAGCCCUGGUCUAAAGUAGUGCACUAUAUAGGGAAUAGGGCUCUGGUCUAUAGUAGUGCACUAUAUAGGGAAUAGGGCCCUGGUCUAAAGUAGUGUCCUAUAUAGGGAAUAGGGCUCUG